AUGGCGCUGCAGCCGCGUCCCCCGCUCCCUUGCCCGGGCCCGGGGGCUCGGCCGUCCCCCUACGUGUACAGCGUGCCUUCCGACGUGCUGGGGAGGUUCUGCGAGCAGAUGGACUGCCUGAACGGUUAUGACUGGCUGCGCUUUGCAUCCCGUGUGAUAACCGAUCAGACUGAGCUGAGGAAAAUCAAGUGCAUGGAGAAGACGGGAAUCAGUAUAACCAGAGAGCUGAUGUGGUGGUGGGGGGUUAGGCUCGCAACUGUCCAGCAGCUGUUAGAACUCCUGAGCGAACUGCAGUUUUAUCGGGCAGCCAAAAUCAUCGCUGACUGGAUGUCACUCUCUCUUUCUACUGAUUCCGUCAGGGCUCCUUUAGACCCUCGUCAGCAGGAGAACUUGCCACUUCACCCAUAUGGGAACAGAUAUGAAGGCAUAAGAAAUGGGACAGGAAUCUCUGUGCCAUCAAAUUCAGCACACUCAGAUCCUGUUUUGCAAGCAGACCCCGACUGUCUUCCUUUAACUCCACCUCCAGCUUCCAUUGACCUUCCACAUUCUUUACAGUCAAAUCUUCCUGUUUCAUCAAGUGUUAAGCCAUGCAGUUCAUCUACCCCUCAGCAGGAAUCGCUUCAUAGUCUCCCUAGCAGGAGUCUCGUGUGGACCAAGGAUGAAGUUGAAACUGCCACCAAUGGUUUCGGCGAGGAGAACCGAAUUAAUGAAAGUAUUUUUGCCGAUACUUUCAAAGGCCAGAGGCACAAUGUCCUGUAUGCUGUUAAAAGACUAAAAGAGAAGGAAUGUGCAAACCAGAAUCAGACACAAAGAUUUUUUCAUACAGAAGUACAGAUCUGUUUUCGGUGCUGUCAUCAUAACAUUCUGCAUCUUCUGGGCUUCACUAUAGAAAGUGAACUUCACUGCCUAAUAUACCCGUACAUGCCUAAUGGAUCAUUGACUGACAGAUUACAGUGCCAGGGUGGUUCUGAACCAUUAACCUGGGAGAAACGCAUUAGAAUUGCUGUUGGACUUAUUCAAGCUAUUCAGUAUUUACAUAAUUUUGGAAUUAUUCAUGGAAAUGUAAAAAGUUCCAACGUUUUGCUAGAUGCAAACUUUGUUCCAAAACUUGGACAUUCCGGCCACAGACUGCAACCUGUGGAGAAAAAAACCGAGAACGGAGGGAUGAAGACCAAAGUCAUGCAAGCUUCCCUGGCUUACUUCCCAGAAGAUUUCAUUAGGCAUGGGCAGCUAACUGGAAAAGUGGAUAUAUUUAGUUGCGGAAUAGUUCUAGCAGAGAUACUGACUGGCAUUAAGGCAAUGGAUGAAAGAAGACACCCCAUUUUCCUGAAAGAUGCCCUCCUUGAUGAAAUUCAGGUGGCAAAAGAACUGUUCUGCUCUAAGAAAGGAACCUUUGAAAACUUAGCUGCCAAAGAAAUAUGUUGCAAGUAUCAAGACAGGAAUGCGCCCCACUGGCCAACAACGUCUGCCAUUUAUUUGGCUACUGCUGCCUGUGUGUGUUUGCGGAAAAAGAAUCCUGACAUAGCAGAGGUGAAUUCAUUAAUGGAAACAGCAGAUCAUCAAAUGCAAUAUCAGAAGAUGUCUGAAGGAAGAAAAUAUCCUGGACUGUCUCUCAACACCCCUGAAGAAACCAAUGAUGAACCAGCCAGCCCUUUCUACAACAGCUUCUCAAAUGACAACUGUGAUGGAAGCAUGAAUGCUGAGUCGUUGAACUGUGUGGAUUUGUUACCUCCAUUAAUAAGAGUCAUGUCUCCUGAAACAUACUCUGAGCAGAUGUUACGGGUCCCUUGUGAGACUGAUGAAUCAAGUAACUUUUCUUGGGUUCCUUUGGAGGAUGUUGCAUACAACCCACCAACCAAUGGCCUUCCAGAUCCAGAAAAUGUUUCCCCCAUAACAUUUCUUACAAAUGAUCCAGAAUACAAUGAUGUCAUAGCAAAAUCCGUAGUCUCAGAAAGACAUCUUCCGCCUCAGCAAGCUGCUGUUUCUUCAAACAGAACUCUCUUAAAUAUAGAACAUUUUGGUGCUACCUGUUCUUCACAAGCAUCAGCCAAAGAAACCAUUGGGGAAAUAAAGAUCAACGAUCAAAAACAGAAGAUGAUGCAAGAUAUUUCAUUAUAUAAAGAAAAAAAGCUAAACACUUCUGAACUUUUGGAUCUUAACUGA